UCGGCUCCGGGAAGGGCGCGGAGCCUCCGCCGCCGGGAUGCGGCCGCCCGCGCUGCUGGCGCUGUUCAGCUGCUCCGCGGCUUUUGCUUUGGUGUCUGAAGAGAUAAAAGAAAAGGUCACGCCUUCUCAGGAUUUGAGGCAAAGUGGUCUACCAAGGAGACAUGACAUAGACUUAAAAGAAAUUGUGUUUGUCAUCCAGAGUCAAAGUAAUUCUUUUCACGCCAGGAGAGCAGAACAGUUGAAAAGAAACAUCUUAAAGCAGGCUGCAAAUCUGACACAGGAUCUCCCCAGAGUCCUCCUUCUCCAUCAGUUGGCGAAGCAGGAAGGUGCUUGGACCAUCCUUCCCUUGUUACCACACUUCUCUGUAACGUACAGCAAGAACUCAGCGUGGAUUUUCUUCUGUGAAGAAGAGACGAGAAUACAGAUCCCCAGACUCCUCCAGACCCUUAGACGAUAUGACCCAUCUAAGGAAUGGUUUUUAGGAAAAGCACUGUACGAUGAAGAAUCAACAAUUAUCCACCAUUACGCCUUCUCUGAGAACCCAACAGUCUUUAAGUAUCCCGACUUCGCUGCUGGCUGGGCUCUUAGCAUGCCGCUUGUGAAUAAGCUUAACAAGAGAUUGAAGAGCGAGCCGCUGAAGUCUGACUUCACAAUUGAUUUAAAGCACGAGAUUGCCCUCUACAUCUGGGACAAAGGUGGAGGACCGGCCCUCACCCCUGUGCCUGAGUUUUGUACGGAAGACGUGGACCCCCGUUGUGUCACCACGUUCUAUUCUUUCCUGCCGCUCUGUGGAAUACCAGUAAAGAAGGAGGAGAUUUUUGUUGCAGUCAAAACAUGCAAGAAAUUUCAUGCUGACAGAAUACCCAUUGUAAAGAAGACAUGGGCGGCACAGGCCAGCCUUAUCGAAUACUACAGUGACUAUGCAGAAACCGCCAUCCCUACCGUGGAUUUGGGAAUUCCCAAUACGGACAGGGGUCAUUGUGGAAAAACCUUUGCCAUUUUGGAAAAAUUUCUGAAUCACAGCCACAACAAAAUCGCAUGGUUAGUCAUUGUGGACGAUGACACAUUAAUCAGCAUCUCCAGGCUCCGACGCUUGCUUAGCUGCUAUGACUCCAGCGACCCGGUUUUUCUGGGUGAACGGUAUGGCUAUGGCCUGGGUACAGGUGGCUACAGCUACAUCACAGGAGGAGGCGGCAUGGUCUUCAGCAGGGAAGCCAUCCGGAGACUUCUCGUGAGCAACUGCCGAUGUUACAGCAAUGAUGCUCCGGACGACAUGGUCUUGGGCAUGUGCUUCAGUGGCUUGGGAAUCCCCGUGACACACAGCCCCCUCUUCCAUCAGGCUCGGCCGGUAGAUUACCCCAAGGACUACCUCUCCCAUCAGAUUCCAGUAUCAUUUCACAAACACUGGCACAUUGACCCGGUAAAGGUGUAUCUCACGUGGCUGGCACCUGGUGAGGAAGACCAAGCCACGCAGGAGACACAGAAGGAGCCAAGAGAAGAAUUGUAGACCAGAGUCUGGGACACAUGGACACAACAAGAGAUUCACCCCAUCUGUGGAGCUGUGAUCCAGAUGCUCGUGUAUGCCAUGUGAAAUGGACACUCCCAGCCCUCACAGAAAUGUAUUUUUUGGAUGGGGUAGACUCGUAAGGGAAACUGGGGAAAAUCGCUUGUUUUGACUGAUGUCGUAAUUGUAAGACAGCAAUUACUGUGCCUAUUUUAGCCCACCACAGGCUGUGACACAACAGCUUUUGGACUGUCAGAGGAAAUAAAUGGCACCUGAAGUCCUUUUCUGUUUUUUUUUUUUUCAUUGUAACAGGGACUCUAGUACAAGAACAUGAUUGGCUAUCAUUCCACAUAAACAUUGAGUCUUUUGACAUGGAUAUUGCCAAAGGAAUGAACUGUUAAACCAGUGGUUCUCAAUCUGUGGGUCGCGACCCCUGGGAACAGCAGUGGUCACAUGUCAGGUACCCUGCAUAUUAGUUAUUUACAUUGCGAUUCAUAAAAUGUAGAAAAAAAAUACAGUUAUGAAGUAGCAGGGAAAUAGUUUUAUGGUUGUGGGUUACCACAACACGAACUGUAUUAAAGGGUUGCUUCAUUAGGAAGGUUGAGAACCACAGCUUUAAAUGGUCCUGUUGUUGAUUGGUUCCCAGGCACUCAGUAGGAAUGAGGUACUGAGGCUGGUAAAACCUAAAACUCAAUAUGAAUGCUCCUGAACAAUACAAUCACCGUUGCUCUUUUCCCUAUUCAGCUGGUAGCACCCCAAAAACAGAGACUCAAGGCCGUCUGGUGAAGCCUCUGCUCCCUGCCAGUCUCCCCAGAGGCCUCUGGUGUAGAGGGACAGAGUGUCACCAGAAAUUAGGUUGCUGGGCUCACGGGUCUCUUCUGUGUCAGCAGUGGGGAUGGGAGUCUGGAGACGUGAGAGGCGUCUGGAGCUGGCCUGUUACUCUGCCUUUUCUCUGGGUGUUACAUUGUAACUUGCUUCUGGCUCAGGCUAGACUGGCCUCCAUCCUGGCAGCGACAGCACAGGCCCUCAUGAGCGGACAGCAUGGGUCUUGGCAAUUUCCCUGGGUUUUUAAAUAAUGGAAUCUGAACAGCGUGUUUUAAAGCAACCCUCAUUUUCCAAUCACACCUUUUAUUAUGUCAUAAUUUAAUAAUUCAGUAUUAAUAUAAAAAAGAGUACUGUGUGCUAAUGUUUAAAGUAAGAUGAUGAUUUUGCUGAUGGUUUUGUUAUUUUAAGGUCUUUGUACAUGCUUCAUUAACCUUACUUAUAAGGUUUCUAAACCCCUAUAGCCUUUCAAGCCACACCAUGGAAAAUACCUGUGUGAUUAUUUUUUUUAACAAUGUAUAUUCCUAUGUAGCUUACUUUUGACUCAUGUCCAAAUUCAUGCAAUAAUAUUUGUCAUCCUUCCCCAAAUUAAUAAGCACCAGAACUAGUGUGUGGCCUGCUACUUCUAGUCUCUGGUGGAAUACAGUCGGUGAAAACUGAUUUUGUGGUUCAGCCAGAAACUGGACUGAUGACAGUCAAGUACAUGAAAAGGACCAUAAUGGUUUCUGGGUGUCCUGCUGAUGGUUCCAGCACCAUUGCUGAUGAAACUGUGGGUGUGGCCAUUGCUAUCACAAUACUUGACCUUGCAGUGAUACCCCCAGGGGACCUGGCUACUACCCCAGUAGAGUACAGGGAAUUCCUCAGCCAACCCCCUCCACCUCUGCUCAUGACUCUGUGUUACCAGCCAGAGAACAGAGGUAGUUUCAUCUAAACAUGAAGAAUGAAGAACUGUUCAACCUUUCUUCUCCGUUAAGACCUGUGCCCUCUUUUCCUUCCAGGGUCCCUUGCUGGUAUUUCUAGAUAUUUGUUUAAAUAUGUUUCCUUUUUGGAACUACAGGAGCCUCACCAUGAAUAUAAUGUCUUCAGCUCACUUCUGACUUUGCAUUUUAUCUAUUGGUUGAGCCUUUAUUGGGAGGGACGUGCAGGACAAGCACUGAGAAAUUGGGAACACUGGCAGAGCAGUGAGACAAUCAGUGUAAACUAAGCAUCUUAGAAAAAAGCAAAGAGAUUAAAAAACCCCACAGUUUAUAAAGGUAUUGUGUCUGAUAUAUAGGAAAUGACAGGCUCUAUUUGAACACCAACUGAGAAUUGAUAUCUUAAAAAAAAAACCAAUAAAAACAAAAAACUUAAUUUUGAGCCUGGAUUUUUCAGGGUACAUACCAUCCUCUCUGCUGUUCUUUUCCCCUUUAAGUACGGAUUUCUUUGCCAGUGGAUAUUUUUAUCCUAAGGAUUUACGUAUGGAAUUACCUGGUAGGUCAUUUUUACUUUUAAGUCAUUUCUCAUGACCCAGCACAUCGCCUGACUGUAGGAGUUUUACAUCUUAUAGCUAAAUCAGAAGUCAAGACACAAAAAUAACCUUUGUCAAAAUGCUCGGGAACAUAAUCGCUCAGCAGCCUGAGUAACAAACGAUGCUAUGAAGGGCCGUGUAGAUGCCCGUGUUCUCUGCGUGCCCUGAUUGAUCGACGACAUUGAGUAUGUCGCGUCCAUCAUAGUUAUUGAUGUGUAUAGAGAGCCUCAGAGAUCCGCUACCCAGUAAACAUUUGUAAGAAUAUUUGUGGUGCCUCCGUUCGUAAACGUGUCAUUGCUGUGGAAGAAAAAUCAAUCAAUGUAUCAUUAAGUACACUGUAGCAGACUUACAAAGGAGCUUUGUUCCUGCCGUCUUUGAAUGACAGGCCUGAAAAGGUGCUAUUUAUUAUGUCCCCAAGCCUUCUAAACAAGUCACCUGCAAAAUGGGUUCUCCUCCUUUCUAUAGAAUAAAAUAAAGGCUUUGUUUCUGGUA